GCGGCCAAUUGUGACAGCAGGGGGAGAGCGCACGCAACAGAUGAUGUCAAUCGGAAGGCCCUGGUGGUCGGUGGUGCUGGAUCACUUUUUCCGGGUCGCAAACGCCAAAGUGUUGCAAUUUUGCUGAGGAAGACAGUCGCUGUUUCCACAAAUCCACUGCGGAUUCUUUGCAUUAAAACCAAGUAACUGCUGCCACACCCAAGAAGGACGUCUGCUUUGCCCGUUUUUACGACAAUCGGCUAAAAAGUUAGCCACGGCCGCACACAGGCAUGUCUGAGGGUAGUCUUGACACACAAUCGGGGAAGAUGUCAGCCGAGGAGUCUCAAGAGAUGGCUUGUCAGGAGGCCGAGGAGAGUUUGAGCAGUGGCUUGCCGCAGCCAAAUGUUGACGAUAGUGACGAUAGCGUGUCCAGGGAUGACGUGCUGUACGAAAUCGACAUAAGCAGCGGUGAGGAUGUUGAGAGCGGCUGUGAAGCCGCCAGUGUAGAUAACGGUGACACUGGGGACUCUCCCGAGGAAGGUGGAGAUGAUGCCACUGAAGCAAAGGAGAGCGCCAUGGCGGAGGAAUCCCAGAGGAGUUCAGCCGCCGCCGAGAUCGCCGUCACCAGCAACGGCGACCUGGAUGAGAACCCAGGGAGUGUUUUCCGUAGGGACUCUUACUCCGGGGAUGCGGGAGUCACAGAUUUUCCAGAGUCUUUCGUGCCCUCCAGCAACUUUGCUUCAACGUCAGAAGGCAUUGUUGAAUCAGGACCACACAAAGGGUCAACAAGCCUCCCCGCGUCCCCCGUGACGCCAGUACCUCCCAGCUUGGCUGUUGCUGGCCGCCUGGCGCGCUCUUCCAGCGAAAGUCAGGCGGAGACAGGCCCUCCGAAUAUGCAGCCAACCAGUGGAGCUUUGGUCCUGUCAGAUGACAUGAAGAACCCAGCCAUGGAGAAACUGGACCUUGUUCGAAAGUGGAGCAUCAACACAUAUAAAUGCACCAGGCAGAUUCUGUCAGAGAAGCUGGGUCGGGGUUCAAGAACCGUGGAUCUGGAGCUGGAGGCCCAGAUCGAAGUCCUCCGCGAUAACAAGAGGAAGUACCAGAACGUAAUCAAGCUCGCACAGACUCUGGCCACUCAGCUGUCGCAGGUCAUGCAGACACAGAGGCAGCUCGGCGACGCCUUUGCCGACCUCAGUCUCAAGACACCAGAACUUCACGAAGAGUUUGGGUACAACGCUGACACUCAAAAGCUUUUGUCCAAAAACGGGGAUACUUUGCUGGGCGCCAUCAACUUCUUCAUCUCCAGUGUGAACACACUCGUCGAAAAAACCAUCGAGGACACCAUGAUCAACAUCAAACAAUACGAAAUUGCAAGGGUGGAGUACGACGCGUACCGCACGGACUUAGAAGAGCUCAAUUUGGGCCCCCGCGACACCACCAGCAUGCCCAAGAUCGAGCAGUCGCAGCAGAUGUUCCAGACCUACCGCGAGAAGUACGAGAAGAUGCGAAACGACGUCUGCGUCAAGCUCAAGUUCCUGGAAGAGAACAAGGUGAAGGUAUUGCACAACCAGCUGAUCCUGUUCCACAACGCCAUCGCCGCCUACUACUCUGGCAACCAGCAGCAGCUGGAACAAACACUCCAGCAGUUCCACAUCAAGUUGAAAAUGCCCGGUGGGGACCAGCCAUCUUGGCUCGAAGGACACUAAGACAACAAAUUUGUCAAACUAUAACUGAAACUACAGGGAUCAGCACCCCUCAACUCUUCUGUCAUGAUGGCCUUUCAAACGUUGGCAAUUGUAAAUCUUUCUAAGGAAGAUUUUCCUGUUGGGGGGGGGGGCGAAAACAAAGCUCGAAUCAAUUUCACUAAUAUACAAUCUUGGGAAUUGCACUUUGAUCUUGUUUGACAAAUCGGUUGAACGGCAGUAAAAUGCCUCAUCAAAUGCCUUUUUAUGAUCCAGCGUAUGAAUGUCAUCGCCCAGCAAGGCGUACCAGUUGUGUCUGGAUCGACAAUUCUUAACAUUCCACACAAUUCUUCUACAACCUGACCUCUCUUGGCCCUCGCGGUUAUUCAUCGGAAAACGGUCCAGUUAAAUUUACGGUCCAUUGUGGCAGUAAACCACUCAUGUUUAGUUUUAUCGGUAAAACAACAAUCUUUGUAUACAAACAAAAUAUAUAUUUUGAGAUACAGCACAGGCCAAAAGUUUGGACACGCACGUUGUCUUUAUUUUCAUGACUAUUUACAUUGUAGAUUGUCACUGAAGGCAUCGAAACUAUGAAUGAACACAUGUGGAGUUAUGUAC